AUGGAAAAUGAAAACAUAACAAAUGUAACCAGUUCUCAGUGUAACUUUGAUAAUUUGACUAUUUUAAAGGAAUUCUCAAAUAUUACAAAUGCUAUAAGCAAUGAAGAUUUUCUUGACAUAGUCCCAAAAGCUAAAAUGGGUAGAGUGUAUUGGAUAACUGUUUUAAAUUGUUUAAAGCAGCGAAUUCUAGAUGAAAUGGUUGAAGAAAUGAAUUCAAUGUGGAGUUUUGAAAAUAUGAACAUCAAGUUGGAUGUACUCGAAAAGCAAAAAGAGAAAUUCUCUGAUAUACCUUCUGACACUCAACUAUGGCGACCGCAGCACAACAACAUCAAAGACCAAUUAAGAGCUUCAGAUGCUGCAAUUUUAAGAAAACAAAAGGCAUUAUUAGAACCUAUAUCAAAGGAAUACAACACAAAAGUAAGCAAACUAAAGAAAACAGUACUUGCUAAGCGGCAGUACAUUAAAGCUUUACAAAUGGACAUACAGAAGUAUCAAAAAAAAAAUGAAGAGAUUAUAUCACAAAUUAGUGAAAAAAUUCAGUCACAUGCUAAAUUGUCACAGGAUAUUGUACCAAAGUUUGACAACAGUAUUUGGUCAAAAAAGGAUGAUUUUCAUGGAUAA